ACCGACAAGUGUCCCGAGGGCAUCGUGCUGCUGCUGCUCCAGGCCAUCCUGGGCUCCAUGGUCAACGCCUUCAUGGUGGGCUGCAUGUUUGUGAAGAUCUCCCAGCCCAACAAACGGGCCGAGACCUUGGUCUUCUCCUCCCACGCCGUGGUCUCCCUGCGGGACGACCGCCUCUGCCUGAUGUUUCGCGUGGGCGACCUGCGGGACUCGCACAUCGUGGAGGCCUCCAUCCGCGCCAAGCUCAUCAAGUCCAAGCAGACGCAGGAGGGCGAGUUCAUCCCCCUGGACCAGACCGACCUGAGCGUGGGCUUCGAGACGGGCGACGACCGCCUCUUCCUCGUCUCCCCCCUCAUCAUCAGCCACGAGAUCGACGAGCACAGCCCCUUCUGGGACGUCUCGCGGCACCAGCUGGAGAAGGACGAUUUCGAGAUCGUCGUCAUCCUCGAGGGGAUGGUGGAGGCCACAG